AUGAACUUUUCAAGAAUUAUCAAUAAACAAUAUGUUCCAUAUUAUUAUCAUAUAAUAAAUAAUAAAGAGGUUCCAGAAAAAUUACAUAUCCAUGUGAGAAACUUACCAACAGGAUUGUCAAAUGUCACUCUUAAUGAAUUAGCUGUAUUAUUAAAAUGUGAAAGAUUUCAUUUAAUGGUUGAUAAUAAAGGUAACUCUUUAGGUACUGCUUUUUUAGAUUUUAAGACCUCAAAUCAAGCUCAUUGUGCCAAGAGAAAAUUGACAAAUGGUGAAGUAAACUUCCUCCCACAACAAACAAUAGAAGUUUACUGGGCUAUUCCAAAUACUUCUUUACAUAUCACCAAGAAUGGACCAGUCGAUUUAAAUCGUUUUAUUGAUCAUAUUUUAACAUUGGCAGAUGAUGGAAUUAGAGAAAGAAAAGAUAAAGCAGAUAUGAAGACAUCUUUCAUAAGAUUCAAUUCUUUUGAGGACACAGAAUUCUUCUACCAACUUCUUUCGAAAAAUAAAUUCUUCAAUGUCAAGUAUGGAGAUUCGAUUGAUUUCAAAACAUCAAUCUACAUUACAUUCAGAGCUAAAAAGAGAAUCAUUAUUCAUUCUUUUCCAAAGAAAUCUUUACCUCCAUCUGCUAACGCUUAUUUAUCAGAAAAAAAAUUGAUUUAA